UAGUUCUCUUUUUUCAAUUUGAGGAAGUUUUGGAUCAUUUUGAAGAUAUUUUACUUUUUAAGUUCGAUAUUAAAGAAUCUGAAAUUAAAAAAACGCCAAUAAGAAAGCCAAAGGCACUUCAAUUUACGUUGGAAGGUGUGGAUUUUGACGUGGUGUUGGCUACUGCACCCGGAGUAAAAACAGAGGAAGAUGCAAGAGCAUUACUCAACAAAGCAAAACAAAGGGAAAGCUUAGAAGCUGCAGAAGAAUUUAUGAAAAUGCAGAAUGAGUUAUCAGAAAUGGCAGUUCAAUUUGUGAAAAAGCAAACAUCCUUUAUUCAUGAAUUUAUUCGAUUAUGUAAAUACUGGAACAAGACCUUGUUUUUUGAGUUGGUUUCCAACAACGUAUAUGUCUAUGGUCGUUCGUCAAUCAUUGAAUUAUUGGCAAUUGAUGCUGGUUUGAAACAUCAUGGAAACUUUUCCCGUUCCUUUAAAACGUUUUUAGAAACUGUAAAAAACAUCAAAACUUGUGGAAUUACUUUUGAAGAAACCUAUUACAGAGCUAACCAGGUACCAACAUCGAUCAAAUUACGACCAUAUUUGAUUGAUCCUGCAAAUCCUUAUCACAACUACCUCGCAGAUGUUAAAGAAAUUCAUUUAGAACUUUUCUCAGACUUUGCAUCUGUUACAUUACAACGACUACUGGGAGGUGAAAUUUUCUUACUUUUUGAACCGCAACCAAACUGGCUAUCACAGUCAGUUCGACCGAAAAAUUGGAUGAUGGGUAUAAGGGAUAAUAUAGCUUUAGAAACACCUUCGAUUGAGUUCAACAAAGAAUUGCCCUCGCAUUUGAGGAAUGAAGAAUCGAUUAGAAGUCUGAAGAAUUAUCUAGCUGUUUUGAACAAAAAUGUCGAAGUUUUAACAACUAGGAAUCCUGUUGAUUCUUCAUAUGUGCAGAAAGAAGUGGAAAAUGCUAUCGACAAGUUAUUUAUUGGUAGAAGUCAAUGUUGGUCAAGUACAACUGAAUUACAUUCAAGUCGUGUUAUCACCGUUACAAUUCCUUUACGUGAUGGCAGCAAAAAAGCGGCAAAAAUUAGCUGUAACUGGGAAUAAUACAACAUUGGGAUUGUGCAGACUGUUUUUAACUUCUUUCAAAUAACUGGGCUUAUCACUCUAUCAGUAUUUUAUGACUAGCCUAGAGUUUCGAGAGAAUAACUUUCCCUGAUUUCUGCCAAACGAAAUCCUCAAAAAAUCUGCCCUUUUACCAUUUUAUAGCCGUGUUAUAGACACACGAAAUGCGAUAUAAAAAAGACUGCUGAGCCCUUGUAUUCUCUUACGGGACACUGACUAGACAUCAGAAUAAUAAUUUAAGGUUCUAAUCGUUCACGGAACUAAAAAAAAUAUUUGUUAGUCACCCGUUGUACUUAUUUCUCGCACCGUUAUUCCAUGCCCUAGUUAUGAAAUUUACCUGGGGUCAUGGUCCCUGUUAUGAUACACUUAUAGUUACUGUAUUAUAAACCACACGUUUUUCUUUUUAUUAUAGCCAGAAAAUUUAGGCUUAGAGUCUCAAUGUAAUUAUUACGCUUAGAAAAAGUAAACUAUAUUAAACAAUAAUUUGCGCGAUAAUCUGUGCAUUGAGCAGAUGACGCUCCUCUUGUAAAUAGGGUUUAAAAGAA